AUGCCAACAACGCCCACGCCCACGCCAACAACGCCCACGCCCACGCCAACAACGCCCAUGCCAACGCGGAAUGACGGGCCAAGAACGAGGGACAACGCCCAUGACGUGGCAACGUCAUGGGCCAAGGGUACGUAUGCCCACCACCCCAAUGCCCAGUUCUCACCACGACAGGUGCCAGCGGCACGCGACAACAACGUGCGAGGUCGACGACGUGCGAGAACGACGACGACGAUGACACGCGAGCACGACGACACGCGACAACGACAACGUGACAACGACGACACACGACAACGACACGCCAGCAUGACGAUACGCGACAACGACGAACGAGCACCCACCACCGCCAACGCCAACGCAGAACGGCGACGAGUGCCCAGCAGCGGCACGCGACAACGACGACGACUCACGACGACGAUGACGACGUGCAAGGAUGACGACGACGUGCGAGAACGACGACACGCGAGCACGACGACACGCAACAACAACGACGCGACGACAACGACACACGACAACAACAACAACAACAACAACAACAACACACGAGCACGACGAUACGCGACGGCGCCCACCACCGCCAAUGCCAAUGCGGAACGGCGACGAGGGCCCAGCAGCACCACCCCUCCCCUCCACUCUCUCCCCCCAUCACUACCUCCUCUCUUCACCACUCUCUCCCCCCUUUCCCCCCUCCCCCUUUCCUUGCUCCCUCCCCCUCCAUUCCUCUCUUCCCCCCUCCCUUUCCCUUCCCCCUUCCUUGCUCCCUCCCCCCUCCCUUUCCCUUCCUGA